AACCUUUUUUCAUUCAUUCACCAUGUUGUCGGCUACCCUAGCCGGUUACUAGACAUGAAUUUCAGCUCUGUUACGAGUACACCCUCAGAAAAGUCUCCAGAUUUUGAUCACCAAACUGCUUUUGCAGACGCCCUCUCUAAAGCUAGACAAGCAGCUCAAGCAGUCAAACAGAAAAAAGAACUUGAUACUGCUAUAAAACGACCACACGAAGAUUCCGACAAACAAGAACCUGCACCCAAAAAAGUAGCAUCAGAAUCUGGAAUGGACGCCACAAACCCGGCUCUUCAAGCUGCUGCCGCCGCUGCAGCACAAAUUAACCAAAAAUUAGGAAAUCCAACCAACAAUUCUAUGAUGGGAGUACCAGCGGUACCGUCACAACUUACACAAGUUACAGAAAAUUACUCUGUUCCUGAUAGACUAGUUGGUUUAAUAAUUGGAAAAGGAGGUGAACAUAUUAUGCAAAUACAAGCUGAAACCGGUUGCAAAGUGCAAUUUUCUCCCGACGCUGCUGGAAAGCCAGAUCGGCCAUGUAUCAUCACCGGUCCAAAAAGCUCUAUCGAUCAAGCUAAGGCAAUGAUUCAAAGUUACAUCGAAAAAGGAAGCGGUUUGCCAGAGCCAUUAGAAACUGGACAAGCUAUGCAAGAGUUGAUGAUUCCAGGUCAUAAAGUCGGUCUUGUCAUAGGAAAAGGAGGAGAAACUAUUAAAAACCUUCAAGAAUUUCACAAGGUAAAAAUGGUCAUGAUACAAGAGUCAAAUGUGCCGACGGCGGAUGAUAAACCUCUUCGAAUAACUGGCGAUCCCCAAAGAUGCGCCCAAGCAAUGGAAGCCGUUAGAAAGUUAAUGGCCGAUAAAGACGCUUAUGCUCCGAAUGCCUAUGGAGGUGGCAUGACCCGACCGCUAGAAGUAUCAGUACCUAGAGCUAUGGUUGGUAUAGUCAUUGGUAAAAGUGGAGAAAUGAUAAGAAAAAUACAAUUGGAGACUGGAGCAAAGGUUCAGUUUGUGCCCGAUGAUAAUUCAUCACCGGACCGAGUUUGUACGAUUAGUGGUCCACCAGAAAAAGCACAGCAAGCAGCUCAGAUGAUCAGCGAAUUAAUUACUAGUGCGGGUGGACAAAUGCCAAAUUUCAAUGGAGGAGGAAACUCAGUAUCUGGCGGUUAUGGAUCCCCUUCUCAGUCUCAAGUAGAACAUACGUUUUCUGUCCCACGUGAAAAAUGUGGAUUAGUUAUAGGAAAAGGUGGACAAACCGUUCAAGAUUUGUGCCGGAUAUCGAAUGCCCACAUAGAAUUAAAGAGAAAUCAACUUCAAACCGCGGACCAAAGGGAGUUUACGAUAAAGGGGACUCCUGACCAGUGUUAUCAUGCGGUACAGUUGAUAAGCGAAAAAGCUGGUAUUCAAGCCCCCCCUAGAGAGCAAUUUUCUAAUUCGUAUGGAGGAUCUUCUGGUUAUCAGCAGCCUGCGUACCAAAACGCCGGAUAUGGACAAGCCUACGGCCAACAACAACAGCAGCAGCAACAACAACAACAACAAGCAAAUUGGAAUAACGCUUAUGGAUCUUCUGCUGCGGCGGCUGCUGCUGCUGGAAACUGGCAACAGACAGGAACCGAUCCAAGUAAACAAGACCCUAAUCAACAGGCUGCAUGGGCCGCUUAUUAUAGCCAAUAUUAUCAAGGUCAACAGCAACAGCCACAGCAGGGCCAGCAGCAAGUUCCGUCGACGCAAUCGUCAAAUUUAGCACCACAAAUGAACCCUCAAACUGGCCAACCCGAUUACAGCGCAGCAUGGGCCGAUUAUUAUAGGCAACAAGGAAUGCACUAUCACGCAGACAUGAUUUUGGCUCAGGCAAGAGGAUCUCAACCAGGAGCUGCAACUGCUCCUCAGCCACACCCGUCAACCUAAAUUAGAUUUAUUUAAAUUAGAAUCGGGACUACUUCAUCGAAUCUUGAUGAUGAUAAAAAUUUGAUAUGUUAUGCAUUAUACGAAUACGGAACUUUUUAAUUGUUUUCCUUGUGUAUUAUAAUAGUUGUCUAUAUUUACAAUAUAUAUAUAUAUACAUAUAUAUAUAUUUUUUUUAUAUAUAUAUAUACUAUACAUAUUACAUUAAUUACAUGUAUUCUUUUUUGUUUGAUUGUUUUUUUUUCUUUUGCUUAAUGGGUUUGAUAACGGUUGGGGUGAGGCCGAAUUCUUUUCUUCUCACUUAAAGUUCAUCGAAAUUAUUAAAACGUUAAUCUUUACAUGGACAUAUUAUUACAUGUAUGUUUUUUGAAUUAAACUUGCUUACAGUAGUCGGCAAAGAGCAGCAAAAAAAGGGCCGUAUGGUAAGAGAUUUCCAUAAAUGUUGCCCAUUUUGUAUAAUAAUGUUUUAUACAUUUUAUAUAUAUAUAUAUACAUUGCAUUUUCGCCGAUAAUGUUUAUAUAAGCAUGUAUUUUUUACACAUUUCGCAUUAAUUAUGACAUUUUAAUUUUUUAUGCUUUGAUUGUAUUAACGUUACACUUUAGAUGAUCAGCAGCCCCGGGGGGUUUUGGUCGAAGUUUCGGCAUCGUGUUUGUUUGUUAUUUCUUUGACCGAUUGAACAGUAACUGAACUUAAUAUUAUUAUUAUUAUUAUUAUUAUUAUCAUUAUUAUUAUAUCUUGUCAUGUUAUAUGUCGUGUAAUUUUUGCAGUUAAAUAAAGGUUUCUGGUAAUUAUUUAGUUCUAUCAACAUGUGAUAUAAUACACUAUUCAGAUAUUUCUCGAAUUUUGUUGUUUACUACUUUUUCUAAUACGGACAGCGACGUACAUCCACAUUUCAAAACCAAUUCAUGAAAAUCUUUAAUAUCGUACUUUUCUUGUAGUUUGUCUUUCAUAAGUUGCCUCAGCGCUCUUAUUUUCAUUUGACCAAAUUUAUAAGCCAGCGCUUGUCCUGGAAGACUUAUAUAUCUUCGAACCUCGUUAAUGGCAAAUUUUUCUGUAAUAGCGGUGUUGUCAAGGAUGUACUGGACAGCUUUUUCUUCAGUCCAACCGAGCACAUGCAACCCAGUAUCAACAACCAAUCUGCAAAUUCGGUGAGCAUCAAAGGAUAAGCAACCAUAUUCAUCAUAGGGAUUAUUGUAUAAGCCCAUUUCAUAUCCAAGGCUUUCGCAAUACAAACCCCAACCCUCCAUAAAACCUGUACAAAUAGGGAAUCUUGCAGGAGCCAUAAAGUAGUUCAUAUCCUCCAUGUUUAACUUGAACUGAGGCUCAUCUGUCAUUUCAGCAGAGUACAUUGUUUGAAAAUGAUGUCCAGGUUCUCCUUCAUGCAGGGCUAAAGUUGUCAUCUCAUAAGACCCUAACAUCUUUGGAUUUCUGACAUUUACGUAGACAGUCCCAGGACGGGAUCCAUCGGGUGUUCCGGCAGAAUAAAAAGCCACAGCCGCAUCCGGCUUGCUGCUGGGAGUCAUAUCAACAGUAAGAUUAGAUUUGGGAAUAUUUUUGAACAAUAGUUCUAGUUUAGGCCUAAUAACGUCAAAUGUAAUUCUUUUGUACUCCGCUAGCGUUUCUUCCGAAGAUUCAAAAUAAAAUUGACUAUUAUUCCUCAAAAAAUGCAAAAAUUCCUUGAAAUUUCCCUGAAAAUUUGCUUUCUUCAUAAUGGCGUCCAUUCUCAUUUUAAUCUUUUCAAUCUCCUCUAAUCCUAUUUGGUGGAGUUCCUCAGCAGUGUGGACAUUGGUAUCAGUUAAAUGAAAAUCUAUACAAGCUUGAUAUAUUUCUUUCCCGUUGGGCAGUGAACGAAUACCCUCUUCUUUUCUAGUAUUUUUCAAGUAGACGUUUUGCAGAUAAGAUUGAAAUUUCUCUAGAGCUGGUUGAAUAUCAUUACAAAUACAAUCUAUAGCGGAUUGAAUUAUUGUUUGACUGGUGCAUGCCUUAAGAGGUUGAUAGAAGAAAUUAUCGGUUGGUUUUGAAUUAAUAACUUUUUCAAUAUUAUCGCAAACACCCAUCAAUGAACUAUGAUGACUUACAAUUCCAGUUUUAAUACCCUCUUCUAAAAGACCAAUUACUUGUUCAAGCUUUAAACAAUUAAAGUCAAAGUAGGUUUAUAAAUCUUAUUGAUUUCUUAUUUAUGCUAAUACCUUUGUAGGGAAAGCCUUUAGUC